CCCUUCCAGCCCUUGGCACCUCCCGCCGGCUGCGGCGCUCCGCCACUCCGGCAAUCACUGCCCGGGCCGCCGGGACUGGGCGCUUCGCUGGCGCGCUUGGCUGGCGACAAGGCAGGCUCGGGACGUCAGUCUGUCAGUCCGUCCGGAUAGGAAUUACAGAUCCGCAGCCCCAGGAUGGGGCAGGUCCCGCUGCCGCUGCUGCUGGGCGUCUUCCUCCCGGCGCUCUGGAGUACAGCUAUCACUGAGGCAAGGGAAGAAGCCAAGCCUUACCUGCCAUUCCCAGGGAGGCUGCAAGCUGACAACACACCCCUGUUAUCCUUUCCUCAUGCCAGUGGGUACCAGCCUGCCUUGAUGUUUUCACCAACCCAGCCUGGAAGACCACAAACAGGAAAUGCCGCUAUUCCCUGGGUGACCUCUGCCGGGUCAAAGCUCCUACCACCUCUUGCCUUCAAACACACAGUUGGACACGUAAUACUUUCUGAACAUAAACACGUCAAAUUUAAUUGCUCAAUCAGUGUACCUAAUAUAUACCAGGACACCCCAAUUUCUUGGUGGAAAGAUGGGAAAGAAUUGCUUGGGGCACAUUCUAUUACACAGUUUUAUCCAGAUGAUGAAGUUACUGCAAUAAUCGCUUCCUUCAGCAUAAGCAGCGUGCAGCGUUCAGACAAUGGGUCAUAUGUCUGUAAGAUGAAAAUAAACAAUGAAGAGAUCGUGUCUGAUCCCAUCUACAUGGAAGUACAAGGACUUCCUCACUUUACUCAGCAGCCUGAGAGCAUGAAUGUCACCAGAAACACAGCCUUUAACCUCACCUGUCAGGCUGUGGGCCCGCCUGAGCCCAUCAGCAUUUUCUGGAUUCAGAACAGCAGCCGUGUUAACAAACAGCCUGAAAAAUCCCCCUCUGUGCUAACUGUUCCCGGCCUGACGGAGAUGGCGGUCUUCAGUUGUGAGGCCCACAAUGACAAAGGACUGACUGUGUCCAAGGGAGUGCAGAUCAACAUCAAAGCAAUUCCCUCCCCACCAACUGAAGUCAGCGUCCGUAACAGUACUGCACACAGCAUUCUGAUCUCCUGGGUGCCUGGUUUUGAUGGAUACUCCCUGUUCAGGAAUUGCAGCAUUCAGGUCAAGGAAGUUGAUCCGCUGAGUAAUGGCUCAGUCAUGAUUUUUAACACCUCUGCCUCACCACAUCUCUAUCAAAUCAAGCAGCUGCAAGCCCUGGCUAAUUACAGUAUUGGUGUUUCCUGCAUGAAUGAAAUAGGCUGGUCUGCAGUGAGCCCUUGGAUUCUAGCCAGCACGACUGAAGGAGCCCCAUCAGUAGCACCUUUAAACGUCACUGUGUUUCUGAAUGUAUCUAGUGAUAAUGUGGACAUCAGAUGGAUGAAGCCUCCAACUAAGCGGCAGGAUGGGGAACUGGUGGGCUACCGGAUAUCCCACGUGUGGCAGAGUAGAGGGACUUCCAAAGAGCUCUUGGAAGAAGUCGGCCGGAAUGACAGCCAAGCUCAGAUCUCUGUUCAAGUCCACAAUGCUACGUGCACAGUGAGGAUUGCAGCCGUCACAAAAGGGGGAGUCGGACCCUUCAGUGACCCAGUGAAAAUAUUUGUCCCUGCGCACGGUUGGGUAGAUUAUGCCCCCUCAUCAACUCCGGCGCCUGGCAACACAGAUCCUGUGCUCAUCAUCUUUGGCUGCUUUUGUGGAUUUAUUUUGAUUGGGUUGGUUUUAUACAUCUCUAUGGCCAUCAGAAAAAGAAUCCAGGAGACAAAGUUUGGGAAUGCAUUCAAAGAGGAGGAUUCUGAAUUAGUGGUAAAUUAUAUAGCAAAGAAGUCCUUCUGUCGGCGAGCCAUUGAACUUACCUUACGUAGCUUGGGAGUCAGUGAGGAACUACAAAACAAACUAGAAGAUGUUGUGAUUGACAGGAAUCUUCUAAUUCUUGGAAAAAUUCUGGGUGAAGGAGAGUUUGGGUCUGUAAUGGAAGGAAAUCUUAAGCAGCAAGAUGGAACCUCUCAGAAAGUGGCAGUGAAGACCAUGAAGUUGGACAACUUUUCGCAGCGGGAGAUCGAGGAUUUUCUCAGUGAGGCAGCGUGCAUGAAAGAUUUCAGUCAUCCAAAUGUCAUUCGACUUCUAGGUGUAUGUAUAGAAAUGAGCUCUCAAGGCAUCCCGAAGCCCAUGGUAAUUUUACCCUUCAUGAAAUAUGGGGACCUGCAUACUUACUUACUUUAUUCCCGAUUGGACACAGGACCAAAGCAUAUUCCUCUGCAGACACUAUUGAAGUUCAUGGUGGAUAUUGCCCUGGGAAUGGAAUAUCUGAGCAACAGGAAUUUUCUUCAUCGAGAUUUAGCUGCUCGGAACUGCAUGAAAAGAAGUAACCUCACAACAGUGGAGGAGAGCAUUAAGCAGAUGUGUGACAAGGCUGGUUCUGCCUCUGUCAAAUUUCCCAGAACAGCUUUUGUGGAAGUGGGGAACUUGAAAAAGUCCAUUCAGGCUUGGUGGAAAGGCUUGCAUCCUAACUUGUUCCUUUGUUCCCAGUGGGCAUUUGGUGUGACCAUGUGGGAAAUAGCUACGCGUGGAAUGACUCCCUAUCCCGGGGUCCAGAACCAUGAGAUGUAUGACUACCUUCUCCAUGGCCACAGGCUGAAGCAACCCGAGGACUGCCUGGAUGAACUAUAUGAAAUAAUGUACUCUUGCUGGAGAGCAGAUCCCUUGGAUCGCCCCACCUUUUCAAUGUUGAGGCUGCAGCUGGAAAAGCUCUUAGAAAGUUUACCCAGUGUUCGAGACCAAGCAGAUGUCAUUUACAUCAACACACAGUGGCUGGAGAGCUCUGAGGGCCUGGCUGAGGGCUCUGCGCUUGCUCCGCUGGACUUGAACAUUGACCCUGACUCUAUAAUUGCCUCCUGCACUCCCCACGCUGCCAUCAGCGUGGUCACAGCAGAAAUUCACGACAGCAAACCUCAUGAAGAACGGUACAUCCUGAAUGGAGGCAGUGAGGAGUGGGAAGAUCUGACUUCUGCCCCCUCUGCUGCAGUCACAGCUGAAAAGAGCAGUGUUUUUCCAGGGGAGAGACUUGUAAGGAAUGGGGUCUCCUGGUCCCAUUCAAGCACGCUGCCCUUGGGGAACUCGCUGCCUGAUGAACUAUUGUUUGCCGACGACUCCUCAGAAAGCUCAGAAGUCCUGAUGUGAGGAGAGAUGAGAGGAGACAUUCUAAAAAUAAAGCCAAUUCUUCUGCUAUAGGAGAAUCCAAUUGGACCUGAUGUUUUCGGUAUUUGUGUUCCUUGCCAAGUAAAACUCCAUGACCCCAAAGCACCAGAUGAAUGUUGUCAACUAAGCUAUUAUUAAAAUACAUAAUAUAUAUUUAUUUAAAGAGAAAAAAAAUGUGUAUAUGGUGGAAAAAGACAAGGAUAUUAUAUUUUAAUAAAACAUUACUUAUUUCAUUUCACUUAUUUGCAUAUCUUAAAAUUAAGCUUCAGCUGUUCCUUGAUAUUAACAUUUGUACAGAGUUGUUUUUAAAUUAUUUUCUUUUUCAUGACUAUUAAAUGUAAAAAUAUUUGUGAAAUGAAAUGCCAUAUUUGACUUGGCUUCUGGUCUUGAUGUAUUUGAUAAGAAUGAUUCAUUUCAUGUUUAAAGUUUCAUAACUGAUUAAUUUUCUGAUAUGACUUCCUAAUAAAAUAUGAAUAAGGAA